GUGUGUGUGUUUGUGGGAAGGUCGGAGUGCAGUGUGUGGUGUGGCCAAUAGUUUCCCGUGGGGUGGUAGUGUUGUAAUCGCGAGUUCUAUGUGCUGGUGCGUGAUUCCGUCGGUUUGCAUAGCUUUCUGCGCUAAACCCAAUUGUAAAUAAGAGUGUACCAUCAUCAUCAUCAACAUCGAUGGCGGCAUUAUCUUCGCGAAGAUGGUUUCAUCGAUCCGUAUCCGGUGUGGAGGCAGAAACAAUGCUUUUGGAGCGUGGCUUCGAUGGUUCGUUUCUCGCACGACAUUCCUCCUCCAGCCCGGGUGCAUUCACACUGUCCGUUCGGCGGGGCCAAGAGGUGACCCACAUUAAGAUCCAGAACAAUGGUGAUUUUUUCGAUCUCUACGGUGGUGAAAAGUUUGCCACCCUAUCCGAGCUUGUGCAGUAUUACAUGGAAAAUGGUGAUCAGUUGAAGGAGAAAAAUGGUCAAAUCAUUGAACUGAAACAACCAUUGAUCUGUGCCGAACCGACUACCGAACGGUAA